AUGUCGGAGCUGUCGGACAAGGACAAGGACGGCCACGAGAUCAUCGACUGCUACCGCAGUAACUGGCUGGUCACCCCGGAGGUCCCUACGGCCGAGAACUGCGCCAACCUCGACGACUAUGUCGCCCGGAGACGCCUCAAUGCGGGCAUUGACGUCUACUGGACCCUCAUGGGCUUCGCGCACGGCACUCGUCUCGGAAAAGAGGACCAGGCGGUGGUGCGCGACGCACUGGAUGCCGCCGAGCGCACCAUGUUCUUCACCAACGACUACUACAGCUGGCCCAAGGAGAAGCGCGUCUCCAAGAAGAAGCCCGUCGCCAACGUGAUUCUCUUCCUCAUGGAACACCAGAACAUGUCCGAGGAGGAUGCCGUCGCCAAGGCAAAGCAGCUGAUCAUCGACAACGAGCACGAGUUUGUGCGCCGUCGCGAGGCGCUCUACCAGGCCAACUCGGACCUGGCACCACAGCUCCGCAAAUGGAUGGAGGUGCUGGGCGCCUCCCUGGCUGGUAUUCACUACUGGUGCAAGAAUGCUCCGCGCUAUGCGGUCCCUGAAACCACAGAGGAGAGUGAAGAGGAGGAGGAGUCCGAGGAAGAUGGCUCUGAGGAGGAAGAAUCUUCCUCUGACGAAGACACCGACGACGACGAGGAGGAAGAGGAAGAGGAAGAGGAAGAAAAGGCUGCACCCGUUGAGGUGGUGCCGGAACCCGAGGAGAGCGAGGAACCCGUGGAGGUGGCUGUCUGGACUCCCCUGGUUACCGAGGAGGAAACCCCCGACGUGCAUCUGGAUACCUCUGCCCUGCUGGCCCCCAGCAGCUACGCUCGCUCGAUUUCCCGCAGCACCCUGCAUAGUGAUCUGCUCACAUCUCUGAAUGCCUGGCUGCAGGUCCCCGCCCGCCCGCUGGCCUUCAUUCGCCAGGUUAUCACCGAGCUGCAGGACUCGACCGGCAUGCUGGCCGACGUGCAGGACCAAGCCGCGCUGCGCGACCAGCGCACCCCGGCCCACCUGGUGUACGGACCCGCACAGUGCAUGAACAGUGCGGCGUACCUGUUUGUGCGCGCCGCUCGCAUCGUCACCAGCCUCAACUGCCCCGGCAUGCUGGACGGGCUGCUGCAGGAACUGGAGGCGCACUUUGUCGGCCAGUCGUGGGAGCUGAACUGGCGCUUCUCGACCCACUGCCCCGGCGAGACCGAGUAUCUGGCCAUGGUGGACCAGAAGGCCGGCGCCAGCUUCCGUCUGCUGACGCGCCUCAUGCAGGCGGCCAGCAUGGGCGGCGCGACCCUGGACUUGGAGCCUUUCACCAAGGUGCUGGGUCGGUUGUCGCAGAUUCGCCACGAGUACCUGGGUCUGCUGGAGUCCGCGGCUAGCGACCGCUCGUUCGGCGAGGACCUCGAUCAGGCCAAGGUGACGUACCCCAUCGUGCGGGCCUGCAACCUGGACCCUGCGGGCCGGGCGGUCAUCUUUGGCAUCUUCCGCCAGAAGCCGGCGGGCACGGUCCUCCCCAUCGAGAGUAAGCGCCAGAUCGUGUCGCUGGUGCAACAGACCGGGGCGCUGCAGGCCACCUACGACCUGAUCCGGCAGCUGGGCCGCGAGGCCAUGAACACGCUGAGCGAGCUGGAGACGGCGGCGGAGGAGCUGAACCCGUCGUUGCGCGCGGUGGUGAAGUCUCUGGUUGAGGUGCCGGCCCCGGAUCACCUAUAA